AUGGGUCACGCAGCCGGUCUUCGCGCGGGUACGCGCUAUGCAUUCUCGAGGGACUUCAAGAAGAAGGGUAUGAUCCCUCUCUCGACCUACCUCAAGCAGUACAAGGUCGGUGAUAUCGUCGAUGUCGUAGCCAACGGUGCGGUCCAGAAGGGUAUGCCCUACAAGGUCUAUCACGGCAAGACUGGUAUCGUCUACAACGUCACCAAGUCAGCGGUCGGUGUCAUCCUCCAGAAGCAGGUCGGCAACCGAUACAUGGAGAAGCGCAUCAACGUCCGCAUCGAGCACGUCCGCCACUCGCGCUCACGAGAGGACUUCCUUAAGCGCGUCAAGCUCAACUUCGCCAAGCAACAGAAGGCCAAGGAGACUGGCGAGCCCCAGCAGAUGAAGCGCCAGCCCGCCAUGCCCCGCGGCGAGCGCGUCGUCAGCCUCAAGGACAACAAGCCAGAGAACAUCACACCCGUACCUUACGAGACCUACAUCUAA